UGUGCGUCAGUGGGAUGCGUUGUCACAAUUUAUUCAUUUAAAUUUUUUAAAUAAUAAAACAAAACGCUGUAGCGGUACUUUUAAAGGAGAAAAGAGGGAAAUUAGCUGAAAAAUUACUUGUAGCCGAGUUUUUAAGUGUCGUAACCGGAACUUACGACACAGAAAAGUUUGGACGUUAGCAAGAUGGCUAACUGUUUGGGUUUGUAGACUUAUUAGCUCACUAUCACAGCAAAUAGACUGGAAUUGUUUUGCAAGCUGAAUAAAACUGGCGUUGUAUCACUAUAUAAGCAUUAAAAGUGAUAAGUUACCUUGACAAGCUACAUCCAUGGUUCUGCUUUCUGGUCUUUUGUUCUUUUGAAGAAGAAGAAGAAGAAGAAGAAGAAGAAGCCUGAGAAGUUGUAAACCAUUCAAAUGGACUCUGAGGUGUCUGUGAUGCUUCAUUGUGCUCCAGCUCAGGGCUUUAAAGAGCAUCAAGUACAAGUAGAGAUAUCAAGCAGGUUCAACCGCAGAAGUGUUCCUGAGAUGGAGAAACAUAUAGAGGUGGUGUGGAACGAGCGAGUGGCCAAAGAACCGUGGCUUUUCAAUGGGGCGAAGUUCAGACUGCACUCAGCAGAACUUUUCACAACACCUCCUCAGACAUGUACAGACACAGGCUCACGGUCUAGAACAGUCGAGGCUGACAGACAGCUUGGAAUCCCUUCGUUCCACUGCAGCGAAGGAGACCACAUCUCUCUGAUGGAAAAAGACAUCUCGUUGGUUAAUGCAAAAAGCAAGAAGAGCAGCUGCUGUAGAGAAGCCACAGGAGAACCCAAGGAAAACAGGAGACCCUCAGAAGUGAAUGGAGCGAUCCUACGAUUACAGCUGGGUUUGACGUGUUAUAAAGACUUCCUAGGAACCAACUGGUCACAAGAAGCCGUGAACCUGCAGCAGCGCGGACGGCUGGAGUCAGGAGAUCCUCAGGUGCUUCUUGCACAGCCUCUCGGAGUUGGUGCUGUCCUGCUUACCUCUGAUGGACAGAUAGUGAUGCUGAGGAGGAGUCAGAGAGUCGCCGAGGCUGCUGGGCUCUUAGACAUACCCGGUGGGCAUCCUGAGCCUAAGGCUGUGUGUCAGGGGGUGAAGGAGGAGGACAUCAGCGUGGACCUCAUGCAGGGCUGCGAGAGAGCCGUCGUUGCAGAAAUCUUCUCCUCCGUGUGCGCCGAGGUCAGGGAUGAGGUGAAUGUUCCACUAGGUUCUCUCAGUGCACCGGUUCUGAUGGGAAUAGCACUGAACCACACCAGCGCAGGACGACCCAGCGCAGAGUUUUACAUCAGGUGUACUCUGACGAUGGAGGAAGUAAAGGAUUUUUAUCUGCGUGGCGGACCUGAAGCUCACGAGUCUACAGAUAUAGUGUUUCUGAGUAAAGCAGAGAUGCUGCAGUUGGAUACAAAGUCACCCUUGUGGUCAGAACUGUGUCCUUCAGCCAAAGGAGCAGUGCUGCUAUACCAAGUAGUGAGACCAGAUCAGUCUUAAACACCACACACACGUGCUUCCAUAUCUCUAAUCAUCAACAACUUCAAAGUUAUCUCAGAUAAAACUGUUCAGUUAGUUUUUUGGCUUCAGGCUACACUUUUACACGUUUAUCGGUUAGCUCCGCCCCCUCGUCCAAGCUGAGGGAGAGUGGAGGCAUAUUUCUUUUAUAGCAAUUGUUAUUCUCAGGCAGAAGAGAGCUCUAAAAUGAGACUGUUACUUUAUUUUUAGAACUAUAAAAGAUCUGAGAUCUGUAUAAUGUAUACAGUUUUUUUUUUAUUUUUUUAUAAAGAUUCUAUUUUCAAAGCUUAAUAUAUAUCACAAUGUGUACGAAU